GUUCAAUGAGAAUUGGCAAAGUAUUCUCCUGCUGUCUCUACAAAUAAUUGGCGAGCGACCAGUGCGACAGUCACCAAUAAAUCAACCUCAAAAUGUAACUGAAUAAUGUAUUUUACUAAUAUAAACGAGUUCACGAAUGGUGAUGAUUAUUAAUCGAGCAGUCCUCGCAAAUGAGACUCGGAAAGACUCAACGAACCGUUCGAAAUAAGCUAUGCAACUUCAUGCUCAAUUUUUAAUUGUUGAGCGUGUUCUGAACUUGGAACUCCGCUGUGCAUCCCGAAAAUUGUUGUCGGCAUCGAGUUAAGUUGUAAGCACCAAGUGUAUACAAGUAAUGCACGUAAUACGGUGGUAGGGCAUCCAUAAAUAAUUAUUUUCAUUGUGAAAGCGAAUGUAACCUUCGAUACUUCAAUCACGAUCCUUGCCCGUCCGUUUAUUUAUUUGUUUAACUAUAUUUCUCGGCCUCGUUUGUUGCGCUGCGACCAUAGAUUAUUACCCCCUUAAGUACACGACGACGAUACCAGAAAGUUCCUCUACAGACCCAUGGUGUGUGUGUCUCUUAUCAUAUCCAUUGUAUUUAUUUAGACGGAGGUCAAUAAACCUAGACUGGCAGUCUCGAUCUGGGGGAGGAUAGCAGUUUAAUACGCUUGGUUUCCAUCAUUACCGUGCAUUCGUGCAACCGAUUCCUAACCAAUCGGCUCACUGUCCGUGCAUUCGUAACAGAAGAUGCGUCUGGUGAUCCUGGAAACCUCCUCCGUCGUCACGGAAUGGGCCGCAAAAUAUGUUGCCAAGAGGAUCAACGAUUUCAAGCCUGGUCCAGACAGAUACUUCGUCCUCGGUCUACCAACAGGUAGCACUCCUCAUGGAAUGUACGUAAAACUGAUCGAAUUCUACAAGGCAGGAAAAGUGUCUUUCAAAUAUGUGAAGACGUUCAACAUGGACGAGUAUGUGAACUUGCCGAGGGAACAUCCGGAAAGCUACCACUUUUACAUGUGGAACACAUUCUUCAAGCACAUAGACAUCGUGCCGGAGAACGUGCACAUUUUGGAUGGAAACGCGGAAGAUUUGGUGGCCGAGUGCAACAGUUACGAGAAGAAGAUAAACGCGGCCGGCGGCAUAGAUUUAUUCAUAGGCGGCAUUGGUCCCGAUGGACACAUAGCCUUCAACGAACCUGGUUCGUCUUUGGUAUCAAGGACCAGGGUCAAGACUCUGGCGCAGGACACUCUGGAAGCCAACGCCAGAUUCUUCGGAAACGACAUCGCGAAGGUCCCCAAGCAAGCGCUGACGGUUGGAGUUGGAACUGUUAUGGACGCGAAAGAGGUGAUGGUUUUGAUAACUGGAACGCAUAAGGCUUUCGCUUUAUACAAAGCCAUCGAAGAAGGCGUCAAUCACAUGUGGACAGUUUCUGCAUUCCAACAGCAUCCGCACACGCUCAUGAUUUGCGACGAAGACGCCACUCUUGAACUGAGAGUGAAGACGGUUAAAUACUUUAAGGCACUCAGUACGGUUCAUCAUACAUUGAUUGAAGAAAACACAAGUCUCGAACAAUUUCGUACAAUACAUUAAUGAGCAUCAACGAUGAACACUGCGAUCUGCUCGGAGAGUGAACAAUUUCUAUUUUAUACUGCUUUGCUUCAAGACAAAAUAACAAAACAAAAAAUAAGGUUCCUAUCGGUUUCGUUUUUAUACUUGUCCAUUUAUCCAAUAUAACUGAUAUGUAACCGCAGCAAUUAUUUUAUAUACAACAUUGAUAUUAUAAAUAAACGUAUACAGGCUAUAUUUUUUAUAGAUUCAGAUAUUUGUAUUAUAUACUGUAAUCGAAUCCUCUUGCACUUUUCAACA